GCUCGUCCACAGCUCAACAGCUUCUAGACAACGAGCGUCGCCAUCCACAUUCAGUGCGACUGCGAAACUUGGCCAGAACGGAACGCUGCUCGCGCUGACUGAAAUUAAAUAAAACCUGUGUGCCUUUGUGUGUGCGUAAUUUUCAUAUCGAGUCUGUCAAUGCGGAAGCGAUCAUUGAAUAUAACAAAUUCAAAUAGUUCAUAGUGUGAAAUUCGGUGGAUGGGCAUGUGCCAAGUUCAUUGAUCGCCCGAGAUUCGAUUGGCCCCGCUGACAAGCUAAAUAUUUGGUUAUAGAUCUACGCAAAACCAUAAAAGAUAAGCUAAUAUUUCGGGAUGGUGUUGCCAAGUACUUCAACACUGUGCAAUGUCUUUACAUUUCUGCUGGCUGGCUCUCCCAUUUUCUAUAGUGCAGCACCGCGGGGCAGCUGCAGCAGCUGUUGUGCGAUACGCGAACGCGAGGACAUCAAGUUUCUGCUCUACACCAGGAAAAACCGCAACGCGGCCCAGCAGCUGCAGCUGAGCGACGAUGUGCGACUGGCGCGAAGCAAUUUCAAUUUCAAUUACCCGCUGGCCAUCUAUCUGCACGGCUUCUCGGAGUCUGCCAGUGGGGAGAAGCAGAGCAGCCAGGAGCUGAAGGAUGCUUUUUUGCGACGUGGCAAUUACAAUGUGAUACUCGUUGACUGGAGCGCCAUGGUGGCCGUGCCCUGGUACUCCAGCGCCGUUGAGAAUCUGCCCAUAGCCGCGCGCUAUCUGGCCCGAUUCCUGCGCUAUCUCGUCAGCAGCGGCUAUGCUGUGAAGCAUAUACAUCUGAUCGGCUUCAGCUUGGGCGCCGAGGUGGCCGGCUUCGCCGGCAAGCAGCUGCAGGAGUGGGGCAUCAAGCUCACCAGAAUUACGGCACUGGAUCCAGCUCUACCGCUGUUCGAGGGCAACAGCUCCAAUCGACGCCUCAGCUCGAGCGAUGCACGCUUCGUGGAUGUCAUACACACGGAUGGCGGAAUAUUGGGCAAUCCCACGGCCAUGGGGCACGCGGACUUCUAUCCGAAUGGCGGACGUCCUCUGCAGCCGGGCUGUGCCAAGCAGGAAAUCGCCAAUAAUCGCUGGCUGAACAUCAUUAUUGGCUGCAGCCAUCAACGCGCCUGGGAGUACUUUGUGGAGAGCAUCCGCCAGCCGUUGGCCUUCCCCGUCGAGCGCUGCGAGCCCUCGCAGCACUUUGGCAGCUGUCGAGAUGGCAACGGACGUGCCUACAUGGGCUAUGGUGCCGAUCCAAGACUGCGCGGCAAUUUCUAUUUGGAGACGAACGAUGCCAAGCCAUUCGGGCGGCUGAGUCAGCCGUCGUCGUCUAUGCCUCAGCUGCCCAUCACCUACAAAAUGCCAAAUGCCUCAAGGGAGUCUGCACAACUGCAGCAACAGCAGCAACAACAGCAGCAACAACAACGACGACAGCAACAGCAACAGGAACUGGAGCAGCAGCUGGAGGACGAUAACAAUAUGCUGAGCAACAACAUCGCAUUGACGUGACAAAAUGUUGAAUGUGCCCCCAGUCUCCAUUAACAUGAGAUUUGUGUGAGGGCGCGUGAUUUGCUCGCUCGGGCGAAACAGUUGAAGGUUUCUUCCUGCUUCCACGUCCGCUUCUCUUUAGUUUAUCUAAGUAGAUGUAAGAUGUCUUGUGAUCUGUCUGAUAAGUAUUGUUAGCACGUAAGCUAUUGUUAUUUCUACUUUGCAAAGAAAAUACGCAGCAAUUGAAUGACA